AUGCCGCCGUCAAAUCGGCGCACAAGACCUGCGCGCAGGGCCGCCGAAGUGGCCGCAGCAGCCACGGCCACCGCAGCCGACGUGUCUGACGCCGACACUCCCGAGUCCAUCGCUACACCCUCGCGCACUUCUCGCAAGAGAGCGCGUGCCAACGACGCCCCUACUUCCAAUGGCCGCGCAGCCACGCGCAGAAAGGUCACCACUGCCCGCGCCAACGAACGCGAAGACACCGAGGGCACCGAGGCCAACGAACAGUCCGACGCCGAAACCGAGCCCUCGACUCCCUCCGAGGUCGAUGUCAUCUCCAAGCUCAAGGUCUCAGACAAGCAAGUAAAUGCGACACACGACUUCUCCAACGACCUGCUCGAGGGCCGAGAGCACGUGCCUGGCUAUGGCAAGAUCGCUGGUCGCAACUGGACAUACAUCAUCCAAGGCGUCGAAAUCAACAUCGGCCGUCCCGAGUCACACGAGAAGGCUGAAUCUCUCAACUCUCCUAUUAUUCAGUCAAACGACCCUUCGGCCAAGUCGAGAAUCUCCAUCGAUCUUGGCCCCGACAGACAGGUGUCGCGUCUGCAUGCCGUCAUCUCGUACGACAGCGAGCAGGAGAAGUGGUUCAUCACUGUCAAUGGCCGCAACGGCCUAAGAGUCGACACGCAGCUUCUUAAGCGUGGCAACCGUGCGGCCUUGCGUUCUGGCUGUGUUAUCGACAUUAGUGGCACCCAGAUGGCCUUUAUCACCACUGCUCGCCAUGAGGACGAUGGUCCCGUCUUCGCCGACGCCAUUGUCCGUCAGACCUACACAUCCGAAGAGGAAGACCACGAAGCCGAUGCUCGUAAUGGCAACGGGCCUCCACCAAACCCGUCAUCUCACAUGCCCGGCCCCUCUUCGUCAGUGCGCCGCCCUGCCCAUCCUUCGUCUAGCUUCCCCGAUGGCAGCACCGGUAACCGUGUACACCCGCAUUCAUACGCAGGUCUGCAGUCGCAAUCGUUCCCCAUACCUGGUACACCCAUUCGUAACCACGGCAUGAACAUUCCUACCUCGCAGCGCACCCGCCCGUCUCCUCUCUCGAUUGGAGGCUACUCCCGCGGUGUCAUGCUCGAGUCGACCGAGUCUAUUGACUACUCUGCAGACAGCGCCAAAGAUCUCAAACCUCCCCACUCGUACGCUCAAUUGAUCGGUAUGGCUAUCUUGUCUACCGGCGAGCAGCAGAUGACGCUCAACAACAUCUACAAAUGGAUCAUGGCAAACUAUGCCUUCUACCGCUAUAGCACCAGUGGCUGGCAAAACUCGAUCCGCCAUAAUCUUAGUCUCAACAAGGCCUUUGAGAAGAUUGCCCGUCGCACCGACGAGCCUGGUAAAGGUAUGAAGUGGAUGAUCUCGCCCAAGGAACGCGACACUUUCCUGAGCCAAGGCAUGAAAGGCUGCCGCAGACCUAACCCUCUGCCUUCUGGCAUGAUCGACCCUUCGAGUCCUGCUCAGCUACACCCUCCAUCUUCCGCCCAUCAAAAGCUCAAUGGUGCUGUCCACGCUGUUCCUAGUAAGACCGAGAAGAGCGACAGUCCUCCUAUGCACACAUACCCAUCUUCGUACCCGACCGCAACUGAGGCCUACACUCCUGACAGAGGUUCUCGACGCCCUGUCAAGUUUGACGAUAACGAUCCAGAACUUGUCUACCCUCCUUCGGCCAAGAGCACUCUUAAUCAUCUUACGGCUGUUGCCAACGCCGCCGGAUCUCCGCCUUCGCUUUACAUCAACGAUGACGGUCGCAUCGGUCCUCUUGACACACCCUUCCCCGUGCGCAGCAGCCAGAAGCUGGUACCUCCCUCAACGCUCCAGCGUCCUUCGGCUUUUAUGGAGUUCUCAUCACCGGCUCCUCCCUUGAAGGCGACACCAUUCUCAUCUUUCAAGCCAUUGGGAAUGGGAGCCAACGUGAAGAUCCUUGACGAGGAUGAUAAGAGCGCUGUUGACAAAAAGAACAUUCUGGACGAGAAAGAUGACGACAUGCCUGCUAUUCAGUCCAGCUCGCCUCCUCGUCCAUCGGGAGUCCCUGACCGUAUCGACGGUAGCCCUACUCGCAGCAUCCCCAGGCCCACCACAAGCCACAGCCGCUCGGCCAAGCUCGAAUUUGACUCGGAUGAGCACAUUGCCACUAGUAUGCCUUUGGAGAGCAACGAAAGAACUUCUUUCGAACGCGAGACUUCUCAGAGAAGAGAACAGAGCAUUAUGACAAACCCUUCGUUUAAUGCGCCUCAGUUGCAGCCGCCUCAGCAGCAACAACCUGAACCUGAGCAGCAACAGGUAUCCCAGCCAAGUCAGCAGGAGCAUAUGCAGGCGCAGACACAACAACAGCGUGAGCAAUCAAGCAUGCCUGCACCUAACUCUAUGCGUCCUCCCAUGCAGGCUCUGGGCAAUGGCAACAAUCAGCAGCAAGCAGCUGCUGCACCCAACACUAGCAAUAUCCUCAACAGUCAUGCUUAUGCAACGAACAAUAUGGGUGGCAUGCAACAGAACAUGGGCUCUCUUCGUUAUGGCGCAGACACUGAUGAUGAGGCCGGCAUUGAUCUUGCCAAGUAA